AUGGAGUGGGACGGGGAUCGCAACGCGGUGGAUGAGCUGUCCACCUCGGCAACACCUUCGACCAGCGAGUCUCUGGUUGAGCCCGGCAAGAUGAAGCUGGCUUACUUUGGCAACGAGUUUCCUCAUGACGAUCUGAAAGACACCUUCCGCCGUCUUUAUGAGCACAGCAAAGACAGACGGCACCCUCUGCUGGCGAGAUUCAUUCAGGAGGCCACCUUGGCCGUGCAGGAAGAGGUUCGCCUGCUACCAGCCACGCUGCGAGCCUUGUUUCAGCCUUUCGAGACCGUCUUCAACCUCGUCGACCAGACUGGGCUGAGGACCGGGCCCCUGGGUGGUUCCAUUGAUGGCAUGUUGCUCUGUGCUGUGCAACUGGCCACAUUCGUCGGAUACUAUGAGAACAAUGUGGACGACAAGUUCGACUUUCACGGCGGGGAUGCUUGUCUGGCAGGAAUAGGAACCGGCAUUCUCUCCACGGCUGCUGUGUCUCUGUCUCCAACAUUGGCUGAUGUGCCAGCUGCUGGCGCCGAGGUCAUUCGUGUGGCCUUCAGGGUCGGCAUUGUGGUCAACGAGGUGUCGCAGAACUUGCAACCAAGCCCCAUCGAUGGCGGCCAGGGCGACAGCUGGGCCUACGUGGUGCCAGAUACCACGGCUGAGGAAGUCCAACGUGAACUUGACGCCAUACACAAAGCAGAUUCCACCCCAGGGCCCAGCAAGCUUUUCAUCAGCGCUCUCAGCCGUACAUCAGUCACAAUCAGUGGCCCCCCAGCGCGACUGAAGCACGUCUUUCUCGCGUCUGACUUCUUCCGUGACCGCAAAUCUGUUGCGCUCCCUGUAUAUGGCGGCCUGUGCCACGCCCCUCAUGUCUACAACAAGAACCACGUAGACCGUGUUGUCCACGUCCACGCCAUCGACACCAUGGACCCAAAAUUCGUUCCGCGUGUGCCCGUCUACUCGGUCAGCACAGGAAGACCCUUUCCAGCCAAGACGGCCAGCGGCCUGUUCCACAACAUGAUCGAAGAGAUUCUCCUGCACGACAUCAAGUGGGAUAGCGUCAUCCAGGGUGUGCUGGGCCAAGCCAAGGGCAGCGCCGUGUCUGAGUUCUGGUUGUACAUGUUCCGCACCUCGCUGCCUGCGCGCGACCUCAUCUCGGCCGCCACCGCCGAGUCCCAGCAGUUCAAGAUUAGGACCAAAGAUGUCAUGCAGUGGAUCUCAAAGCCAGAUGCUGUGCCACGCGGCCCGAGCGGCACGCAGCAGGCCAAGAUUGCCAUCGUAGGCAUGGCCUGCAGAAUGCCCGGCGGCGCAACUGAUACCGAAAAGUUCUGGGACAUUCUGGACCAAGGUUUGGAUAUUCACCAGAAGAUUCCGGCCGAUCGGUUUGACGUGGACUCUCAUUUUGAUCCGACUGGGAAACGGAUGAACACGAGUAUCACGCCCUACGGGUGCUUCAUCGACGAGCCAGGCCUGUUUGAUGCUCCGUUCUUCAACAUGUCCCCUCGUGAAGCCCUUCAGACAGACCCUAUGCAGAGGCUCGCACUCGUGACAGCGUAUGAAGCUCUGGAACGGUCUGGAUAUGUGGCCAACCGCACGGCAUCUACGGAUUUGCACCGUAUUGGUACAUUCUACGGCCAAGCAUCUGAUGACUACCGCGAGGUCAACACAGCCCAGGAAAUUGGCACCUACUUCAUCACCGGUGGGUGUCGAGCCUUUGGGCCGGGGAGGAUCAACUACUUUUUCAAGUUUUCUGGUCCUAGCUACAGCAUCGACACGGCUUGUUCCUCUGGACUGGCGACUAUUCACAUUGCCUGCAACUCGCUCUGGAACGGUGAUACCGACAUGGCAGUAGCUGGAGGCAUGAACGUCCUGACCAACUCUGACGCCUUUGCCGGUCUUAGCAACGGCCACUUCCUGUCCAAAACACCCAAUGCUUGCAAGACAUGGGACUGUGAGGCCGAUGGUUACUGUCGCGCAGACGGUGUGGCCUCGGUCAUCCUCAAACGCCUCGAGGACGCAGAAGCCGACAACGACAACAUCCUGGGCGUCAUUCUGGCCGCUGGUACAAACCACUCGGCCGAGGCUGUAUCUAUUACGCACCCUCAUGCAGGCCACCAGGGAGACCUGACCAGACAGAUCCUCGACCAGGCUGCUGUCGACCCCCUGAACGUAAGCUAUGUGGAGAUGCACGGCACUGGCACCCAAGCAGGCGAUGCACAGGAGAUCCAGUCUGUGACAGAUGUGUUCGCGCCCAUCACGGGCACCAAACGCCGGAGCCCCAAACAGCCUCUUCACAUUGGGGCUGUCAAGGCGAAUGUGGGCCAUGGUGAGGCCGUCGCAGGUACCACAGCGCUCCUCAAAGUCCUGCUCAUGCUGGAGAAGGAGACGAUUCCACCGCACGUGGGCAUCAAGAACUCCAUCAACCCAGGAUUCCCCAAGGACCUUGAGAAGAGAAACCUGCACAUUCCAUACGAGAAGACGCCAUGGCCUCGUGUUGCUGACAAGAAGCGGAUUGCUGUUGUGAACAACUUCAGUGCUGCGGGAGGCAAUACGAGUAUUGUCAUUGAGGAAGCGCCAGCUCGAAGAGUCAUUGAUGAUCAGGAGCUGAUGGCUGCGGAUUCUCGUCCCAACCACGUUGUGGCCGUGUCGGCUAAGAGCAAAGUUUCCCUGAAGGGCAAUCUUCGACGGCUCAUUGCAUACCUGGAGGCAAACCCAAAUGUGUCACUGCCAAACCUGGCUUACACAACAACAGCAAGGAAGUAUCACCACAACCAUCGCCUGGCGGUGGCCACCUCAGAUGUCAACCAUCUGAAACGACAGCUCAACUCCUACCUCGAUAAUGCAGACACACACAAGCCCAUCCCAGCCACUGGCGCCCCCUCGGUGGCCUUCGCCUUCACAGGCCAGGGAGCGUCACACAGAUCCAUGAACCUGGAGCUCCUCGAGUCCCCUGCCUUCAAGUCCCAGCUGCUCCACCUCGAUGCCCUCUGCCAGUCGCAAGGCUUCCCCUCUAUCAUGCCAGCCCUCGACGGCACCUAUCCUCAGGACCACAACCACUCCCCUGUCGUCACACAGCUCGCCCUAGUCUGCACCGAGAUCGCCCUGGCCAAGUACUGGGACUCGCUCGGCGUAAGGCCAGACGUUGUCGUCGGCCACAGCCUGGGCGAGUAUGCCGCCCUCCACGUUGCUGGUGUCCUCUCGGCGGCAGACACGAUCUUCCUGGUGGGCCAGCGCGCCACUAUGCUCGAGAAGAAGUGCAAGAUUGGGAGCCACAAGAUGCUGGCUGUGCGUGCCGCUGUGGACGAGGUGCGGGCGCGGGCGGAUGCCACUGGAAAGCCGUACGAGGUGGCUUGUAUCAAUGGGCCCAAGGAUACGGUGCUGAGCGGUGCAGCCCAGGAUAUCGAUGCCCUGGCUGAGAAGCUCGAGAAGUCUGGCCUCAAGUGUGUCCCUCUCGAUGUGGCGUUUGCCUUCCACUCGUCCCAGACAGAUCCCAUCCUGGACGAGCUGGAAGAUGUGGCGCGGACAGGGGUUCUUUUCCAGCCGCCCCGGCUCCCGAUCAUCUCGCCGCUCCUGGGCAAGGUGAUCUUUGACGAGAAGACCGUCAAUGCAAAGUACAUCCGCCGCGGGACCAGGGAGACUGUCAACUUCCUGGGCGCCGUCGAGACAGCCCAGAGGAUCUCGACAAUCGACGAGAGCAUGGCGUGGAUCGAGAUUGGUCCUCACCCGGUGUGCGUCGGGUUCACCAAGUCGAUCCUCUCGUCUGUCAAUGCUGCUGUGCCUUCUCUGCGCCGUGGCGAGAACAACUGGCAGACCAUCUCCCAGAGCCUCGUGACUCUGCACGCUGUUGGCGUCCAGGUCGGCUGGAACGAGUUCCACAGGCCUUUCGAGGGUGGCCUCAGGCUGUUGGACCUGCCCACGUAUGCGUGGAACGAUAAGACGCAUUGGCUCCAGUACAAUGGCGACUGGGCACUGACCAAGGGCAACACCUUUUAUGACGAGGAGAAGAAGGCUGCUGCUGCUACUGCUGCUGCUGCGGCCGGUGUAAACUCUCCUUCUUCUGCUCUGGGUCUGGCGGCAGCGCCUGUCUCGGGCCUGCGGACUUCGCUUGUCCACCGUGUUGUGGAAGAAACCUUCUCUGGCUCGGCAGGGAGGGUUGUUGUGCAGUCGAACAUGGUGCAGGCCGAUUUUCUGGCAGCUGCAUGGGGUCACAAGAUGAAUAAUGCUGGCGUGGUGACAUCUUCUAUUCAUGCGGAUAUAUGCUGGACGCUCGGAAAAUACCUUGCCGAGAAACUCCAGCCCAAAACCAAGGCCGACGUCCAGAGCAUGAACAUCAACAACCUCAGCGUCCGUGAGGGUUUGGUCGCGCAAAAGAACACCACCGUGCCCCAGCUGAUCCAGAUCACCAUCACCACGACAGACAUUGCCUCGGGCAGGGCGCACCUCGAGUGGCACAACGUCGCCAACGACGGCCUCUCUCUCAUCGAAGAGGAGCCCGUCGUGACGGCUGAGCUCAUCUACGGCAGCGCGGCAGACUGGCUGUCGAGCUGGAUCCCGACGCACCACCUCAUCCAGGGCCGCAUCGAGGCCCUCACCCAGCUCGCAGAACAGGGCGUGGCCAACCGUCUGUCGCACAGCAUGGCCUACCUCCUCUUCGCCAACAACCUCGUCGACUACGCCGACAAGUACCGCGGCAUGCAGUCCGUCGUCAUGCACGGGCUCGAGGCGUACGCCGACGUGACGCUCAAGUCUGGCGACACAGGCGGCGUGUGGACGGUGCCGCCGUUCUUCGUGGACAGCGUGUGCCAUCUCGCAGGACUCGUCAUGAACGUCUCGGACGCCGUCGACACCAGGAACAACUUCUGCGUGACCCCCGGCUGGAGCUCGCUCCGCAUGGCGCGCCCACUGGUCCCUGGCGGCCGGUACAGGUCGUACGUCAAGAUGAUCCCGACGGCUGAGGAUCCUGCCAUUUAUUUUGGAGACGUGUAUGUGCUGCAGGGCGACGAGAUCAUCGGUGUCAUGCAGGCCAUGAAGUUUAGGCGGUAUCCUCGGGUGCUGCUGAACCGUUUCUUCUCGGCUGUGGAUGUCAAGAAUGCUGCGACGGGCAGUGUGGCUCUUGCAAGCAGCGCGACCGUUACUCAGACGGCCAGACCUGCUGGUGCACAAGCUGUGUUGGCUGCUGCGUCGUCUUCCCCUCCAGCUGCCCCUCCUGCUGCUGCUGCUGCUGCUGCUGCCGCCGCCGCCGCCCCAGAUGACAGCAUCACCACCAAGGCCAUGGCUCUCGUGGCUACAGAGGCAGGUCUCCAGCUGGCUGAUCUGCAGGACGACGAGAGCUUCGCCAACCUGGGCGUCGACAGUCUGAUGAGUCUGGUUAUCGCCGAGAAGAUGCGUGAGCAGCUCAGCGUCACUGUCAGCGGAAGCUUGUUCCUCGAGUAUCCGACCGUCGGUGAUCUGCGCGCAUGGUUGCUUGAAUACUAUGGAUAAGAAGGCAAGUAUUGUGUUCAAGUUGGUGUCGUUGCUGUUGCUUGGUACAAGAGACGAAUGGGGUGAUUGUCAGGUCGGGAUCAAGUCAGGCUAGGGCGAGAAGCAAACACACACGGUUGAUGUAAGAUGAUUGGUAUUUCAGGGUUCUUGACGGUCUUGUCUCCUUUGUGAGUCCUUACUUUGUGUCGAUCGAUGGAUCCAAGUGGAUUCGUGUUAUCUUGAACACGAACCAGGACGGAUGAAGAGUGUGUCAGUAUUACAAGCAAAGUCAUAUUAGUCUUUUCCAUAAUCACAUCAAGUCUACAUUCGGCUGUAAGAACAC